AUGGUCGUUUUGGGUGGUACCCAACCGGACUUCAUCCCCGCCAAGAACUGCAAGAAAGCCGCGGAAGCUCCUAAUGCUUUCGCUUCCGAAGAUAUCCCUUUGCUCUUUUCCCUUUCACUCGGCGUCUAUCGGAUGUUUGAUAUCUCGGUUGCAGCAAAUGUGACUAUCACGGAUGAUAACCUCACCGAGGACCUAGUCACACAGGUGACUGCGCUUUCGUUAUCAAACCAAGAUCAAGCCACUAAAAACACAACAACGCGCGCCUACAUUUACCACGACCUUUUACGCUCCAACAUUACGGCGCUGUCUGCGAGCGACAACGGUAGCUCCAGUUGUGACAUGAUCAACGCAGAGUGCUACGAGCAUAUCAAAGAGAGAUUUGGAGGACCCCAAGACAACGGCUGCCGAUUUCAUGGCUUUCCAGAAGCCUGCAGCGAAUAUAUGUCCCAAAACUUGGUACAAAAUGGGUCCUUUUGGGUUGUCGAGAUACUUACUGACACCGGUGGCAUAUUGGAUUUCUUUACCUAUGGUACUGACGGUACACGUGAAGGAACGGAGGAGGCGUUCCAGGAAGCCGAGGAAGCCUUAUCCUGUACGUGGCCUGUUAUUUUGAGUAGAAGCAACUCUUCUACCGGUGACAGUUUCCUGGCAGAUAUGUUCUGCAUAACACCCCUGAGAACCGAGAAGGAGGAGAGUUUUGCAGUCGGAAUCAUGCGCCCCAGCCUAUUUGCGUUUAUCGUCGCAUUGUCCAUGACGUUGGUCACUGCCUCGCGAUGA